UUGUCUGCUCGUGGUGCUCGCCGAGCGAGCGUUGUGGUCGCGGGCGGGGGGCUGCAAGUGUCAGCGGCGGCCGCGGCCCCAGCGACAGAGCGACUAGGUGGGACCACGCGUCCGCUCGCCGCGAUCGCUGGCAGGGGGCGGUGUGCAAGUGGAGCAACAUGCAGAUAGGCGCCUGGCGCCCUGAAGACCCCUCCCGAGGAAAAGAGGCCGGGGCUGUGCUGGCGCGGCGGGGAGCAUGAGGGAGGCCGGGGGGCAGCUCGGCUCGGAGCGCUGCUAGGGAGCGGCGCGCGCUGCACACUCGCCGGGGCGCGGCGUAGGGCGGGGAGCCGGGCAGGUCGCGCCAGCGGGCAGGAGCCGGCCGCCAGGAGGUGUUCUCAUUGCCGACGCGGACGCAAGGGGCGCGGAGCAGCCCCCGGCCCGCCGCGGACAUGGGCAACGCGGGGAGCAUGGAUUCGCAGCAGACCGAUUUUAGGGCGCACAACGUGCCUUUGAAGCUGCCGAUGCCGGAGCCAGGUGAACUGGAGGAGCGAUUUGCCAUCGUGCUGAAUGCUAUGAACCUACCUCCUGACAAAGCCAGGUUACUGCGGCAGUAUGACAAUGAGAAGAAAUGGGAACUGAUUUGCGAUCAGGAACGAUUCCAGGUGAAGAACCCUCCCCAUACAUACAUUCAGAAGCUCAAAGGCUAUCUGGAUCCAGCUGUAACCAGGAAGAAAUUCAGGCGGCGUGUUCAAGAAUCUACACAAGUGCUGAGAGAGCUGGAAAUUUCUUUAAGAACCAAUCACAUUGGGUGGGUCAGAGAGUUUUUGAAUGAAGAAAACAAAGGUCUUGACGUUCUGGUGGAGUAUCUGUCCUUUGCACAGUACGCAGUAACUUUUGACUUUGAAAGUGUGGAAAGCACUGUGGAGAGCUCGAUGGACAAAUCAAAGCCCUGGAGCAGGUCCAUUGAGGACCUGCACAGAGGGAGCAACCUGCCCUCACCUGUGGGCAGCAGCGUGUCCCGCUCUGGGAGACAUUCUGCACUACGAUAUAAUACUUUGCCAAGCAGAAGAACCUUGAAAAACUCAAGACUAGUGAGUAAAAAAGAUGAUGUCCACGUGUGUAUCAUGUGUUUACGUGCCAUCAUGAAUUAUCAGUAUGGUUUCAACAUGGUCAUGUCUCAUCCACACGCUGUCAACGAGAUUGCACUGAGCUUGAACAACAAGAAUCCCAGAACAAAAGCCCUUGUCUUAGAGCUGUUGGCUGCUGUUUGUCUGGUCAGAGGCGGGCAUGAGAUAAUUUUAUCAGCAUUUGAUAACUUUAAGGAGGUUUGCGGAGAAAAACAACGUUUUGAGAAGCUGAUGGAACAUUUCAGGAAUGAAGACAAUAACAUCGAUUUUAUGGUGGCCUCUAUGCAGUUUAUUAAUAUUGUAGUACACUCAGUAGAAGACAUGAAUUUCAGAGUUCACCUCCAAUAUGAAUUCACCAAAUUGGGCCUGGAUGAAUACUUGGAUAAGCUGAAACACACUGAGAGUGACAAGCUGCAGGUACAGAUUCAGGCUUACCUGGACAACGUGUUUGAUGUGGGAGCUCUGCUGGAAGAUGCUGAAACCAAGAAUGCAGCCUUGGAGAGGGUGGAAGAACUGGAAGAAAACAUUUCUCAUUUGUCCGAGAAACUUCAAGACACGGAAAAUGAAGCCAUGUCCAAGAUUGUGGAACUGGAAAAGCAGCUCAUGCAGAGGAACAAGGAGCUGGAUGUUGUCCGAGAAAUCUACAAAGAUGCAAAUACCCAGGUUCACACAUUAAGAAAAAUGGUCAAGGAAAAAGAAGAAGCCAUUCAAAGACAGUCUACCCUGGAAAAAAAGAUCCAUGAACUGGAGAAACAAGGGACCAUUAAAAUUCAGAAGAAAGGGGAUGGGGAGAUCGCUAUACUGCCAGUCGUGGCCUCAGGCACAUUGCCUGUGGGGUCCGAAGUGGCAGUUGGUACCUAUGUUGGACCAGUAACGGGGGCCGCCACCUCAGGGCCCUUGCCCCCCCCUCCCCCACCACUACCUCUGUCAUCAGAUGCACCUGAAGCAGUGCAAAAUGGUCCAGUAACACCACCUAUGCCGCCACCCCCGCCUCCACCACCCCCGCCACCCCCUCCCCCACCCCCUCCCCCACCUCCUCCUCUCCCAGGACCUGCAGCCGAGACUGUGCCAGCUCCUCCUUUACCGCCCCCACCGCCCCCCUCUGCACCCCCACUGCCUGGAACAUCCUCGCCCACAGUGGUUUUCAACUCAGGAUUAGCAGCUGUGAAAAUUAAGAAGCCAAUCAAGACAAAGUUCAGAAUGCCGGUUUUCAACUGGGUUGCCCUGAAGCCCAAUCAGAUCAACGGCACAGUCUUCAAUGAAAUUGAUGACGAACGCAUUCUGGAGGACUUAAAUGUGGAUGAGUUUGAGGAAAUAUUCAAGACAAAAGCCCAAGGUCCUGCCAUUGAUCUUUCUUCAAGCAAACAGAAGAUAACACAGAAGGGAUCAAACAAAGUGACCUUACUAGAAGCAAAUAGGGCAAAAAACCUUGCCAUCACUUUAAGGAAGGCUGGAAAGACUGCCGACGAGAUAUGUAAAGCUAUUCAUGUAUUUGACUUGAAGACGUUGCCUGUAGACUUUGUAGAAUGUUUGAUGAGGUUCUUGCCAACUGAGAAUGAGGUGAAAGUGCUUCGACUUUAUGAGCGGGAAAGGAAGCCCCUGGAGAACUUGUCAGAUGAAGACCGAUUCAUGAUGCAGUUCAGUAAAAUUGAGAGGCUCAUGCAGAAAAUGACCAUCAUGGCUUUUAUUGGGAACUUUGCUGAAAGCAUUCAGAUGCUGACUCCUCAACUACACGCAGUUAUAGCAGCAUCUGUCUCUAUAAAGUCAUCUCAAAAACUCAAGAAAAUUCUGGAGAUCAUCUUGGCCCUUGGAAACUAUAUGAAUAGCAGUAAACGAGGAGCAGUUUAUGGAUUUAAACUUCAGAGUUUAGAUCUGCUCUUAGAUACAAAGUCAACAGACCGGAAGCAAACCCUGUUGCACUAUAUAUCCAAUGUUGUGAAAGAAAAAUAUCACCAAGUGUCCCUGUUUUAUAAUGAGCUUCAUUAUGUGGAGAAAGCUGCUGCAGUCUCCCUGGAGAAUGUUUUAUUGGAUGUUAAGGAGCUCCAGAGGGGCAUGGACUUGACCAAGAGGGAGUACACCAUGCACGACCACAACACGCUGCUGAAGGAUUUCAUCCUCAACAACGAGGGGAAGCUGAAGAAGCUGCAGGAUGACGCCAAGAUUGCACAGGAUGCCUUUGAUGAUGUUGUAAAGUACUUUGGAGAAAACCCCAAGACGACACCACCCUCUGUCUUCUUUCCAGUCUUUGUCCGGUUUGUGAAAGCCUAUAAGCAAGCAGAAGAGGAAAAUGAGCUGAGAAAAAAGCAGGAGCAAGCUCUCAUGGAGAAACUCCUGGAGCAAGAAGCUCUGAUGGAGCAGCAGGAUCCAAAGUCUCCUUCUCAUAAAUCAAAGAGACAGCAGCAAGAAUUAAUUGCAGAGUUAAGAAGGCGACAAGUUAAAGAUAACAGACAUGUAUAUGAGGGAAAAGAUGGUGCAAUUGAAGAUAUUAUCACAGCUUUAAAGAAGAAUAAUAUCACUAAAUUUCCAAAUGUUCACUCGAGGAUCUUAGAAACCAGCCAUACAGACGAGCCGAUGCGGUGAGGAGAAGUGUCAGGCGGCGCUUUGAUGAUCAGAACUUGCGUUCUGUUAAUGGUGCCGAGAUAAUGUGAGCUCAAGACCCACCUGCAUGAAUAGAGGGUGUGCGUGAAUGAACCUGUGUCCACAGGAAAGUGCUAGUUAUGGCAACCCUGAACACCGAUAAAAAUAUUAAGGGCUCAGAUUUAGCAAAUACAUAGGAAUAUUAAAAAUAAUGGGCUCUCCUUUCAACUGUUAACAAGUGCCUAAAAGUGGAAGUACCUGCUUAGAUUAAUCAAAGCAAUAGGAUCUGAUUUUUAAACCAGUAUGUUAUUCAGUUUUUUAACCAAAAUGUAAAUUUCAUAUUACAUUCAUUGCCUGUCAUUGUGAUUGUCCCACGAUGGCCCACCCUGGUUUCCCAAGUUGUAAAUAACAUGGAUGCAUCUGCUGAGGGCUACUGUUGCUGAGCUAUCUUUUAAGGAAUUAAUUCUGUUUUGGCCAUACCCAUUAACUUUGUAUUUUUAAGGGCUUUCAACAUGGGAGAAGGGAAUAAAUGAUAAGCUUCUCCUUCUGACCAUAACCAAGCGCAAACCGAAUGCAGCUGCAGUGGCACGGAAGUCCCUCAACCCUUGGUCUCGUUUCACAUUCCACAUCUGUGCCAGGGCCUGAUGCCCAGUGAGUGACAUUCACAGGCAUGAAUGCAAGGCUAUGAUGGCACAAAAAUGUGUUAUUUGCAGUACUGUUCUUCAGCUAGAGGCAGCUUUUUAAAUAAUACAAAUGUAUUUAUUAGCACUAAAAUUAACAUCUCAGUAAUCAGUACUAGGAUUUCUGAGGACCCUUAUGGGUCAACCCUGAGAACAGAAAUUGGUGCCUUGCUAGUCAAGCCAAGGAGAGAAGUUUACUAGCUCUAUAGAUAAGCAUUCAAGAUGACAUCUGCUGGGAGCAGUGUUAGUAACAGGCCUUAUUCUCCUGACAAUCGCAGGGUUUACUUUUUUUUUAAUUGGAGAAGAUACUUUUGUCAUCUGUAUCAAAGCUGUUAAGAAGUUCUUGUAUUUCCCAGAUUACUUUAUGGGGAAUUGGAAUAAAGUUGCUGAAAUAUUCACAUUGGAGUUAAAUGAUAUUUAAUGGGACUAAAUGGCCAACUAAGCCACUUUUUUUCCUUCCUCUCUGGCAGGGCACUUGAUUCAUUCCAAAGUUUAAAAACAAACAAAAAAAAACUGGACUGAAGCUAAAUUUGUACUUUUCAUAACAUUGUUUCUGGCUUACCUUCUUGGUACAUUAUAUCAAUUAUUAAUUGUAAAGUUUAUUGUAUAGUAUUUAACCACUGAAUUUCCUAUUUUAUGUUGUGCUUCCGUGAGCCCCUUGGUGAAAGCCCCAUUUUCCUUGGAUAAUAUGUAGUUAUAUGAUCUCUCUUUAAAUGUACAGAUAUUUUGCUAUAAAAUUGGUGCAGUUUUUUAUGGUUUUUACACUUCUCUUUAAUUCCCUCCUAAGCCUAUGGGUAAUAUUGUACAUAUUGUUUAAAAAUGCAUCAGCCUAUGCUAUACAAUCUGAAUGUUAUUUUAACUUAUAGUUUUUUUUUUAAUAUAUAUAUUUAAACUACAGUUUUAGGGAUCAGUUACCACAUUUCAUUUUCAUGUACCUAUUUACAGAAAGAUUACCUUUAAACUGUCACCUGCCGGCACACUUCCAUAAAUGUGUACUUUAAAAAGAACAUGCUAAGAUUUUGUCUUUCUGUUGAUUACACAUUCUGAUGAAAAUAGCAAUCUGACCGUGAAAUAACCUAAGUAGUUGGUCCUUAACCACAAAACAGCUGUUUUCCAAAGCUGAAUACUGACAACGCGUAUUUCAAAAUAAUUGCCUGUUUAUUAAUCUACAAAUGGACAAUAAUGUUGGCAUGUUCUUUUCUGUUUAUUAAUGGGCCUGCUUCUUAGCAAUAUUAGAAAUGUUUUAUAAAAGCAGUUCAUGUUACUUUUCUGGUCUUUUCAUGGCAUAUGAGCAAAUAAACUAUUUACACUACUAUCCUGUAAUACGUUGUAGUCUGUUAAUGGAACAUUUUGUGGGGUGGGGCAAUUAAGCAGUAUGUAGACUUCUAUAAAUACAUGUGUCUUGCUAAUUGCACUUUGAAUCUUUUUGGUCCAUUUUAGGAAAAACCCCUCUUAAUCACUUGCUGUAUGAAAUGUAGGAACCAAAUAGAUUUUGAUAGGGAUACAUCUCCAAAAUCACACUUAUAAACUGCUUCCAGAGAAACAGCACUCUUUUUUUUGUGAGACAUUGCCCCUUCAAUCUUAUUUUAAAACAUUAGGGUAGUGUGUAUAUACCGAUACGUACAUGUGAACUGCACAGCGGUAACCCUGCAUCCACCAACUACAUCGGUUGACAAGAUACCUAUAGGCACUUAAGGCCAUUUGCCAGCCACCACUGCACACAUGGAAACCCUGGUGGUGUAGUGGUUAAGUGCUAUGGCUGCUAACCAAAAGGUUGGCAGUUCGAAUCUGCCACGUGCUCCAUGGAAACUCUAUGGGGCAGUUCUACUCUGUCCUACAGGGCCACUAUCGACUUGACAAGCACUGGGUUUGGUUUUUUUUGGUAUUGCACACAUACUAAUAUCAGUAAUGACUCAAGUCAUCAAGAAAAGUGUAAUAUUUAAGUCUUUUUAUAAAAGCAAGGAAAACCUGAAAAAUUCAUU